GAAAUUAUCAGUCUUUUAAACAAGCUGUUCGGCCUCGAGGCUUCUUUAACACGCUAUCUCACACGAUUUAGUACCCUCAAUCGACACAGAUCGCCUCGACGUCUGUUCUGACCGAAGAGUAGUUGAUGUCUAGUCGCGGCGGGGGAAGACGUGGAAGCCGCGGCGGCGGCGGAGGCGGCAGCAGCGACGCCCAUUAUGGGACGGGUAUGCAUCAUCAGCCAUCGCACGGGGAGCGUGGCGGUAGAGGACGAGGCAGGGGAGGCGGUGCGCCUCCUCAUCAUCAGGAGAGGACGAGGGCUUACAAUUUGCCGGAGUCUUCAUCAACAACUCUAAGUAGGGAGUUAGAAGAACGGCUUCAUAUCAGUGGAUCUUCCGGCCAUCCGGCGCCUACGCCGGGAACCCCAUCCGGACCUCCAGUGGAGGCUCCCUCAGUGCAAGCAUCUGAGGCUACCGGCACUUCACUCCCACCGGCGUCGAGCAAGGCUCUGGUUCAUGCGCCUCGUCCGGGGUUUGGAACGGUCGGGUUGAAAUGUAAGGUUCGCGCUAAUCAUUUCCUAGUCCGCGCCGCGGAUAAGAAUAUAUCUCAAUACGAGUUCAAAAUUCAUCCUGAGGUGAAGUCUAGAGCAAUAGGCAGGGCCUUGAUGAAGAAAUUGACUACGCAAUUUGGCGAGUCACACCUCGGUCAACGUAUGGUUGCAUAUGAUGGUCGUAAUAUCUUUUACACGGCUGGAUCUCUUCCAUUUUCGUCAAAAGAUUUUGAGUUAAUUUUGUCAGAUAGAGAUGGUCGGGACAAAACUUACAGAAUUUCUAUCAAAUUGGCAAAAGCCUUUGAUUUGUAUUCUCUAUGGCAAUUUUUGAGGGGGGAGCAGAGAGAAUGCCCUCAUGAUAUCAUAGCAGCUCUAGAUGUGGUCUUGAGAGAGUCUCCUUCGAACAACUAUGUUACAAUCUCAAGGUCAUUCUAUUCACCCGAGUUUGGCUCCAAUAAUAUUGGCGAGGGUUUAGAAUGUUGGAGGGGUUAUUUCCAAAGUCUUAGACCAACGCAAAUGGGAUUGUCUUUGAACGUUGAUAUUUCAGCAACAUCAUUCUACAAGCCGGUAAAUCUUCUAGACUUUGUUAAGGAAUAUCUUAAUAUUGAAUCUAUUCCUCGGAGUUUAACAGAAAAGCAACGGCUUGAGUUACAAAGGGCGUUGAAAGGGGUCCGUGUUGAAGCAACUCAUAUUUCAAAUAUGUGCAGACGCUAUAAAAUCACAGGGAUUACAUCACAGUCUGCGAGUCAGUUGAUGUUUACCCUUGAUGAUCAAGAAGGAGCUACGAAGUCUGUGGCCCAAUACUUCAGAGAAAAAUACAAUUGUAUUCUUGUGUAUGAUUCGCUGCCUUGCAUAAAAGCUGGUAGUGAUAGCAAACCAAAAUACUUGCCAAUGGAGGUAUGCAAAAUUGUGGACGGACAAAGGUAUAUUAAGAAGUUGAAUGAACGACAAGUAACUCAAAUAUUGAGAUCAACUUGCAAGCGUCCAGCUGAGAGGGAACAAAGCAUUUUGCAGUUGGUCAAGAAAAAUAAUUAUAACAUUGAUAAGUAUGCUAAAGACUUUGGUAUUGUGGUUGAACCUAAUCUUACCACGGUUGAAGCACGAGUGCUACCUACCCCAAGACUAAAGUAUCAUGAUAGUGGUCGUGAGAAGAUGUGUCAACCCACUGUUGGACAAUGGAAUAUGAUUAAUAAGCGAAUGUUCUUUGGUGGUACUGUUGAUGCUUGGGCAUGCAUAAGCUUUUGUCGUCUUAAUAGAGAUAUUGUUCAUAAUUUCUGUCGUGAACUAGUUUCUAUGUGCAACAACAUUGGAAUGGUUUUUAAUCAAAAUCCUGUAGACAUUUAUUCCCGAUCACCAGCACAAAUAGAAAAUAGCUUAAGGGAAUUGCACCAUCAGUCUAUUGAAGUCUUGAAGCGACAGAACCAGAAGCAUAAGCAGCUUCAGUUGCUAAUUGUUGUUCUUCCAGAUGUUAAGGGUUCAUAUGGAAGGAUCAAAACAAUCUGUGAAACUGAGCUUGGUCUUGUUACUCAAUGCUGCCAGCCAAAAAACGUAUUCAAGUCAAAUAAACAAUACCUUGAAAAUUUAGCUUUGAAAAUCAAUGUGAAGGCUGCUGGUUGUAACACUGUUCUUGAAGAUGCCGUAUAUAAACGAAUCCCUCUCAUAUCAGAUGCACCCACUAUUAUAUUUGGGGCUGAUGUGACCCAUCCAGCCCCAGGGGAAGACUCUUCCUCAUCCAUUGCUGCGGUGGUUGCUUCUAUGGAUUGGCCCUGGGUAACCAAGUAUAGGGCUCUUGUAUCUGCCCAGCUGCACAGACAAGAAAUUAUAGAGGAUCUCUUUAAAAUUACUGCAGAUCCCCAAAAGGGCAAUAUUCCCGGGGGGAUGAUAAGGGAGCUGCUUUUAGCUUUCUUUAGGGAGACAAAACACAAACCUCAUCGCAUUAUAUUCUAUAGGGAUGGUGUUAGUGAAGGCCAAUUCAAAGACGUGCUUUUGUUAGAAAUGGAAGCUAUACGAAAGGCUUGUGCCUCUUUAGAAGAGGGGUAUCUUCCACCAGUUACCUUUAUAGUGGUGCAGAAGAGGCACCAUACUCGUUUAUUCCCUGAGGUACAUGGUAAUCGAAAUAUGACUGAUAAGAGCGGGAAUAUAUUACCAGGCACGGUUGUUGAUAAAAAUAUUUGCCAUCCCACCGAGUUUGACUUCUACCUUUGCAGUCAUGCGGGUAUUCAGGGCACAAGUCGGCCUGCUCAUUAUCAAGCUCUCUAUGAUGAAAACAAUUUUUCUGCUGAUGGACUGCAGAUAUUAACCAAUAACUUAUGCUACACUUUUGCUCGAUGCACACGAUCGGUAUCAGUAGUUCCUCCAGCGUACUAUGCACACCUUGCAGCUUUCCGUGCGCGGUGCUACAUGGAAGGAGAGAGUGAAUCUGGAUCAAGUCAACAUAGGGGAGUAACACGCCAGCGAACUGCGGCUAUUUCAACCCUUCCAGCAAUCAAAGAAAACGUCAAGGAUGUGAUGUUUUAUUGUUAAAGAUAAGCCGUGGAUGAUUUAAAGAAGUAUAAACUUUUAGUUUUUUUUUUGCUGUGGUGAAAGGAUAGUUUGCACUAGUACACAUAGAAAUACUUGGAUACAUCAAGUCUUUCAUUAUUUUUGCAGCACAUUAUUUUGAGUUUUUUGCUAUACAUAAAAUUUUGUUUGAAUCUCUCUGUUCUUAUAUUGUAUAAACUAUUAUGAGUUUGUGGGGGAUGUUAAGAGUUAUUAGUAUUAA